CAUAAAUCCAUCGAUCCAAGUCAAUCAAUUAACGACACCAAACACCACCCACGAAAACAACGCGACAUCACGAUCUUCCUACCGCGCAUACGCACUUCAAUCUAGCCGCUUACACAAUCUUCCACGGAGACAACACGAAAGAAUCAGCCAAGAUGCUUCUAGCAGAGGAGCCCGCGACGCUCAUCUCGCACACAAUCGACAACUUCAACAUCCAACCUGACAAGCAAGCCAUCGCCCGCAUCAAUGAAUCCCUCUCCACCCUCCAGCAAGCCCGCGAGCUGCGCCUCCGCGAGGCAGAGAAUGCCCUCAAGAAACUCUCCCGCCAACUAAACACAAUGACAUCUCAACACGCAGAACUAACUUCGUCCCACUCCUCCACCGCCCACGCCUCCGAAAUAGCCCGCCUCGACACCACGAAAUUCCGCACCGCCAAAGCCGCCUCGGACGCGGAAAUGGAAGCGGAGCGCCUCGCCCAGCAGGCCGCCGACCUCAACGCCCGCCUGCAGGAGCUCGAGAUCCAGGGGCUCGACGGCUCCGCCGACGACCAGGCGCGCCGCCGCGACCCCGUCGACGACGAGGUGCUGCUGCGCCUGAAGGUGUACCGCAGCCUGGGCAUCGAGAUUGAGCGCGACGGCAAGGACGGUAGCGGCUCGGGCGAGUUCACGCGCGCGGUUGUGAGGAACGACCGCAAGGGGGAUGUGCAUGUUGUGAACAUGGAUAAGAAGUUUUCAAAGUUCUUUUAUGCCAAUUACUUUUGGCAGACUUUGUAAAUGAGGCGU